GAUAUCAAGGGUUAAUGUGAUUCUAAACGCAAAUUAAAGUAAUUUCAAACAGUAUAAUUAACACUGAAUGCAUAAUAUUACACAAUAAACACACUAACUACGGGUUAAACACAGAAUAUGUACAAGUUUCUUUAUCUGAAAUUAGAAGUGAGUGGGUCGUCUACCGAAAGCCGUUGCUAAGGGGAAGUCGUUUUCUUAGUAUGAUGCUAACAUUAUAUUAAAACGGAAAUGACAGCCUUUUUACGAAUUAUUAGUGAGUUUUAGUUUUUGUAAAGGCGUGUUUGUGCCACAGCUGUGGGGAGUUACCCCUAUUUUUGUUUAAUUAAUUAUUUUACACCACACUCUCUCUUUGUCUCACCCCCCUGCAUGUUUAGAAUGGAAUGUAAUAAUUUAUCUGUUACGUAAGUCUAUAAUACUAAAGCACGGCUUAUUUAAAUCACACUAACUUCAUAAUUUAAACAAUCGCGAUUUCAGAGGUUUAGUUUGUCAUGAGAGAAAAAUAAAAGAUUUAACAUAGAGUGGUUUCUUGUACCCUCCGUGUGCUGCGCAUAAUGGUUCAUUCCUGCUGCUGUGCGGAUUGGAAUGACGUCACACGACACGAUGCCAGUUAAAGGGACGAGUCUUAAUUUUGCAUAUGGCCGGAAAUCCGUAGGAAGAUAGGCAAAUGUUAAGCAUUCUUCUCUCUUUUUAAUCAUUCCCUUUAACCUCGGUGGUUCAUUCAACCCCAGAACACUGCUAACAUGGAACAGGAAAACAUUUUUCUUUUCGUGCCCAACUUGAUCGGAUACUCUCGAAUCCUCUUCGCUUUCAUCUCGUUCUACUUCAUGCCCACCUGCCCCCUGCUCGCCUCGGUCUUCUACCUGCUGAGCGGAUUCCUCGAUGCCUUCGACGGGCAUGCCGCCCGCCUCCUCAACCAAGGGACCCAGUUCGGGGCGAUGCUGGAUAUGCUGACUGACCGAUGUGCCACCAUGUGUCUGCUGGUCAACCUGUCUCUGCUGUACCCACAAUACACCAUCCUCUUCCAACUCAGCAUGACCAUUGACGUGGCCAGCCACUGGAUACACCUGCACAGCUCCAUGAUGAGAGGCAGCUCCAGUCACAAGAGCAUCGACCUGUCAGGGAACCCGCUGCUGAGACUGUACUACACCUCCCGGCCCGUGCUGUUUGUGAUGUGUGCCGGCAACGAGCUCUUCUACUGCAUGCUGUACCUGCUCAACUUCUACGAGGGGCCAACAGUGGGAUUCCUGCCAGCUGGAUUAUUCCGGUGUGUGUUCUGGCUCAGCGUUCCGAUCGCGGUUCUGAAACUCGGGAUCAGCCUCCUUCACCUGGUCACCGCCUCACGGAACAUCGCCGCCAUCGACACAGCGGAGCGCAAGAAGAAACUGGACGCUGGGAAGUGAGGAGCGAGAGAGAUCUUAAACUGACCGCAAAUACUUUAAUAACCCCAGAAAUCCCUAAUGAACUCCUGUCUGAACCCCACAGGAAUCUCCCCUGAAUAUCUUCUGUCCCCAUUGAAGUCAUUGGUUUUGAAUUCAGCCCCCUGUUACUUCAAGUGGGUUUAAUUACCCAGAUUCAUAACAAGCUCCUUGAUAACAAAUUAUGUUGCUCACAUGUCUAGGCGUGCAUUCAUGGGCUAGGAAGGGCAGAAGAUAUUCAGGGGAGAUUCCUGUGGGGUUCAGACUGGAGUACAUUAGAGAUUUGCAGGGGUUAUUUGAAAGUGUUGCCAAGUGAUUUUUUACCUGAAAAAAUAAUAAUUCCCUAAAUCUUACCUGUCCAUCAGCCACACAGCUCUCGGUGUGCAGUUUUGAAAGAAGCACAUACAUGUGUCACAGUUAUCAAGAUAAGAGAUCUCUGUUUGCACGAGCCUUGCUUGUAUAGCGCUGCACUUGCUUGGUCAUUACCCCUCCCCUCCAAAGGCCUUCCUCCUGUCGGUAACCAGUCAGCUGUUGCUUUCCCAGAAGACACUGCACCGGUGACCUAGGGAGUGCGAGAGUAGCAGAUUUCCUGGCACAGAAACCGAGAACUUCUUUUGUAAUCUAGCAUAGUACCAGAUAUGGGUUCAAAUGAAAAUACAUGUUCACUAUAGCUAUGUGUUUCUUUCAAAACUGCACAUUAAAAUUAGAAUUACAUUGUAACUGCAGUUUGAGAUCACUAGACUAGACUGUAUUAUAAUUACAUUGUAACUGCAGUUUGAGAUCACUACACUAGAUUAGAAUUACAUUGUAACUGCUGUUCAUAUUUUCUGAAACUCACUCUAUUUGAACAUUUUAUUCUGAAUUUGUGUAAAAUCUCAUUGCAGUUUUCCUGUUUUUUUUUUUUUUUUUUUUUAAUGUUGAAUAGACAAGUAGCUGUCACAUAGCAAAUAUUUAAUAUGUUUCAUUGUAAUUUUCAUAAAUGGUUUUUAAUUAAUUAAUUGAUGUAAUGUAUUAUUAUGCUAUAGUAGACGAUACACAGUGCUAUUGUUGUGUAAUUAUGUGCCCUAGAACCUAAAUAAUUGGAUGUUAAAAAGCAAAAAGGAAAAAAAGUGGGUGAGCUGAAACUUGGAAUUGCCUUUAAGAAGCAUUUAUUUAUCGGCAGGUGUUAAAUAAACCCUUUCAUUAACAUGAGAAAACGUGAAAAGCUGUCCUCCCCUCACCUUUACAACCCAGCACCACUCCGUGGCGAUUAUUAACUUCCGCAGCGAGUGUUUUAAAAGCCGAUUGGAAGCGGAUUUUCCUCUCAUCCGGGGAGCUGAUCUUUUUGACUGCCGUGCCGAUAAUAUUCGUUGUCAAAUGGGAUUGUUCGCUUCCGAAGUGAAGCGCCGCGGUUCGGUGCUCGAUUUGUAAAGGCGAGGGAAGGACAGCGUUUCUGGUUUGAGUGAUCAACAUGUUAAUGAAUGGAUUUAUUUAAUACCUGCCAAGUUCCACUAUCAGCUGAAGAUUUCUGCAUACUUUUGCAUACUUUGUCACAGAUUUGACUGCCUCCAGCCAUGAGUAAGGGUGUCACUAGGACAGAGUGGGAGGCUUUUCAGCUCUCCUCGCAAUGCAUUCUGGUGCUUUGUCUCAGGUACAUUUCACAGCAGGACUACACUUACCAGAAUGCACUGGGGUGCGAGUUGAAAACUGAACUGUCCUAAACUGUCCUAGUGUAACAUGGAGUCAUAUGGUAACCAAGUCAAUCCCACCUCAGCCACUGACUCACUGUGUGACCCUGAGCAAGUCACUUCACCUCCUUGUGCUCCUUUUUUCGGGUGAGACGUAGUUGUAAGUGACUCUGCAGCUGAUGCAUAGUUCACACACCCUAGUCUCUGUAAGUCGCCUUGGUGGAUAAAGGUGUCUGCUAAAUAAACUAAUAUAUAUAUAUAUAUAUAUAUAUAUAUAUAUAUAUAUAUAUAUAUAUAUAUAUAUAUAUAUAUAUAUAUAUAUAUGAGACCGCUGAAGUGAUCUGGAAUAUAGAACUCAGCUGUUCGCUUCUAGUUCUGUUACAGCAAUGAAGGUUUCGUCUCCUUCAAGAAAUAGGAGCUGAUUAAAGACUUGAUUCAGGGCUUUGAAAAUGGGGCCUAAUAAGAAGCCUUGUGUGAUGUUUUUGUUUGACAGUUUCUACAGAUUUUGCACAGCAGUGUGAUCCAUUCCUGGUUUCACUAGGAGUUUAAUAAUCAGACACACCUGAGCUUGUUACCUAGACACACUGGGGCUGAUCAAGCUGGUAGUAAAACCUGGAAUGGGUGACACUGCUGUGCAAUAGGAGUCUUAUUACCAUCCCAGUAUCUCUCUCUCUCUCUCUCUCUCUAUCUCGAGCAUCAAAAGGAACUUAUUACUUAUAUUUGUAUAAAAUUCACUAGAUGUGAUCGAAAAAUGACACACUCUGUUUUAGAGCAGGUGCAGUGACUUUUAAUUGUGCUGAUUAACAAUCGACAUCACGAAGAUGCUGCUGAAUGAUCUGUGGAUCUGGGGCAGGUGUUGUGACUCUUGGUCUCCCAGUUGGUGGCUCUGUCAUUGACAGAGUGUGUCUGGUUAUACCAUCUAGCCAGAUUUGAAAUCGCUGGCUGUGAGCACCCAAGACAGCGAGCCACAGCACCCUGCCCUAGUCCAGCCUCCAACAUGUCGAUCGCACGAAGGCGCUGCUCUCUGGACAGACGUGGAAUAUUGUUUUUUUUUUUCUGUGAUUUUCUAUAUUGCUUUUAUUCAAGCUUGCAAUUCAACAGCUGAAAUCCCUCCACAUCCAGCGUCCAAACAACUGUUUCAAUAAUUAGGUGAUUAAGUGCAUAUGCUUCAGUCCUAGUCACUCAAGCGUGUCAUGGUCAAGGAUGAAUGAUCGAGUGAUUAAAAAGAAACCAAAAACAUUUUGUCAAUGACCAUCAUUUAUAUACCUUAUUUUUUUAAAAUAAAUGUGUUAUAAUAGUGAUAAGUUUCUUUUGAUGCUUUAUAUAUAUAAAUUUGGGGACAACUGCAAGACCAGGAAGAAGCAAAUGUAUGAUAUUCUCAUAGGAGCAGGAUGCCUCUUUCCCACCAUAUAAGCAAUUGAAAAUAAAUGUCAGUGAAAAAUAUAUUUAUUAUGUAAGCAAAACGCCUUUUUUCCCCCCAGUUAUUUUCGAUAUUUCAUGCAGGAAAGGAUGAAAGGCCCUUGCAAAUAUCAUACAAAGUUAAAGGAGAUCGGAAGCCAGCUUGAAGUUAAACGUCGUUUGGGGCUCGUUCGAUUUGCUUGUGUGAAAUUCAAGCGAUGUGUACAGAGCUGUCUGGAGAAAUCGGAUGCAAAAUCUGUGUUCAAGUUAAAUAAAUAUUUUUAAUGUUUGA